CGUUCUUCGCAGAAGUGUAUAUGAAAAUAAGCAGGUUGUGUUAAGCAUGUUUUGUUCGGCGAUGUUGGGAUUGUGACAAUGUAAAGAAAUGCAAGAGGAUGAAACAGCAUGCAUAAUGACUAGUACGAAACAGUGACUUCAUCAGCGGUAGUAGCCUCAGUAUGUUCAGGUGCUGGUCGGGAAAUGGGAAGCGAUGUUUCAAUAAGCACCAACAGAAGAUAACUCUCCUUCUCAUCGGUGCUUUCAUCUAUGGAGUGUCUGCAGAUAUCUGCAGUUCCACCAUCAAUGAGAGUGAAGCUCGAGAUGCGAUUCACAGGGGAUUCAAGCCCAGGUUAGGAUCCAACGCUGGACGCUACACCAAGGACAUCAACGCUGCUGCUGUGUUGGACUGUGUAGUGAGCUGCUGUAAUGAAGGGUCCUGUGACUCUGUCUUCUUCCAUCAGAAUACAUGCUAUCAGCUAGAAUGCAAUCGCUCCAUUCCCGGUGCUUGCGACCCUCUCAAGGCAGACGACCCCAAGUUUAACAAUACUUUCUACAUCAGCGUUCGAACUGUGGGUGAGUAG